AUGGGGGUGCCUGGGCUAUGGCAGGAGCUUGCGGCGGCCGGCAUCGACCGCACGCUCUCCGACCUGGCCUGGGAAAAGUGGAAGACAUGCCCCUCGAAGAAACAAGGCCUGCAACUCGGCAUCGAUGCGACACUCUGGAUGUACCACGCCCGCAAAGCCAAAGGAGGCAAGAACCCAGCACUGCGCUCCCUCUUUUUUCGGCUUGCGCGUCUUUUGACGUUGCCCAUCACGCCCAUUUUUGUCCUUGAUGGUGCAGAGCGCCCCAAGGUGAAGCGCGAUGCAGCUGUCUAUACGGGCGUACAUGCAAUUCAAGUCCAGUUUUGUGCAAUGCUCGACGCGUUUCAGUUUGCGCACUGGACGGCGCCUGCCGAGGCCGAGGCGGAGCUUGCGUGGAUGGACAAGGAAGGACUCAUCGAUGCCGUGCUUACCGAUGACGUUGAUGCACUGCUAUUUGGUGCUCGGAUGGUCGUGCGGAACAGUGCGUGGCACGAGCGUGAUCACGACGAAGACGACGUCGACAAGGCGGCCGUAUACGAUACUGCGCAAGGCGACUGGAGCGUAGAUAGCGACGGAAUGGUCUUGGUCGCUCUCCUCGCAGGCGCGGAUUACGAUACUCAGGGCAUGUUUCGGUGCGGAGUCAAGACGGCCAUCGGCCUCGCCCGCGCUGGAUUCGGCGCCAAGCUCCUUGCCGCAUUUCGCACGUCAUACACUCGCACAGCUGAUGCACGCAAGUCUGCUGCGGAAUGGGACAAGUUUGUCGCAGAGUGGUGCACAUCCGUGCGUGCCGAGCUUGUGUCGAAUGCAAGUGGCAUGCUGCCUCGGCGUCUGCCCAAGCUGGCGUCCGAGAUGCCGGACCUAUUUUCGACACCCGACGCGCGCCAGGUCUUGCACAGUUACGUGUGGCCCAUAACGUCGUCGACGGCGGACCGUGCGCGUGUCGAGACAGUGCUGGCCGCAGUGCCCCGUGCACAGCUGCCUGCGAUUGCGAAAUUUGCCAUGACGCACUUUCAGUGGGCACGCGACGCGAUUGCGCAGCGCAUGGAGCGCAUACUGUACCCCGGCCUACUGGUGCGUGAGCUCCAGGAGGCCGCGUAUGCACCCGCGACGCCGCAAGCAAGUCCACAGACGACGCCGCGCAAGAACAAGCAGCGCUCGCCCGUGACACAGAUCACCGACUUUUUUGCAUCGGCCAGCGCGCACUCUCCCGAGCGUGCACGGAACCGUUCGCGAAUUGUCCAGGUACAUGCAGAGCGUGCUGCUGCGUAUGGUACCGACUUACGUGUAUCGUACGACACUCAGCCGUACCUCGGCCAAAUUCAGCGUGCGCUCGAGCUAGAAGAGAGUGACGGGAGCGUGGUUCGUGCGUGGCUCCCCGAGUGUCUUUUGCUUGUUCAAGGGCCGCAAGAGCAGGCACUGGUGCGCGCGUACCGCCAGCAGCAGCAGCGAAAAGCGCUUGGAUCGCCAAGCAAGAAGCAAAAGAAGAAGGGACAGGCAAGAGCGCUGAUCGAGCACCAGUUCCGUUUCGUGUUCCUGAGCGGGUGCCUGCAGAAAGGGUGUCUCGGGCCCCUGUGCCUGCUGUGA